CUUUCCAAGGAAUACCUCGGCACCCAAGAAGACAUGCUCGGAGUCCGUCCGGGACUUCUUCACUUCAGCCAAAUUCCUCAUCUACAUGGGCCACGCGCUGUCAACGUGGGGCGACCGUAUGUGGAACUUUGCUGUGGCAGUGUUCCUGGUGGAGCUGUAUGGGAACAGCCUGCUCCUCACGGCCGUGUACGGCCUGGUGGUGGCCGGCUCCGUGCUGCUGCUGGGGGCCAUCAUCGGGGACUGGGUGGACAAGAAUCCCAGGCUCAAAGUGGCCCAGACGUCGCUGCUCGUCCAGAACAGUUGCGUCAUCGUGUGUGGGAUCCUACUGAUGGUUGUUUUCAACUUCAAAGAGCAGCUUGCUGAGCUUUACAAUGGAUGGGUUCUGACCACCUGCUACAUUCUGGUGAUCACCAUCGCCAACAUUGCCAACCUCGCCAGUACGGCCACAUCCAUCACCAUCCAGAGGGACUGGGUGGUGGUUGUUGCAGGUCAGGACAGCAGCAAGUUGGCAGACAUGAACGCCACCGUGCGUAUCAUUGACCAGCUGACCAACAUCUUGGCUCCCAUGCUGGUGGGCCAGAUAAUGUCCUUCGGCUCCCAUUUCAUCGGCUGCGGCUUCAUCUCAGGCUGGAACCUGUGCUCCAUGUGUCUGGAGUACGCGCUGCUGUGGAAGGUCUACCAGAAGACGCCGGCGUUGGCCUCCAAAGCCGGCCAGAAAGAGCAGCAACAGGAGAUGAAACAGCUCAGCCCGUCCAAAGACUCGGAGAGCGGCCAGAGUCCCGAGGACUCCUUCCUGCCGCUGAUGAACGACACCUCCGUCGCGGCCAAACCCGACUCCGCCAAGCAGCAGGGCUGCUGCUACCAGAUGUCCGAACCGCUGCGCACCUUGAAGGCCGGCUGGGUGGCCUACUACAACCAGAACAUUUUCUUCGCCGGGAUGUCCCUGGCCUUCCUCUACAUGACGGUGCUGGGCUUCGACUGCAUCACCACGGGCUACGCCUACACGCAGGGCCUCAACGGCUCCGUGCUCAGCCUUCUGAUGGGGGCCUCCGCGGUGGCGGGCAUCUGCGGCACCGUCGCCUUCACCUGGGUUCGCAAGAAGUGCGGCCUGAUCCGCACGGGCUUCAUCUCGGGCACGGCCCAGCUGUGCUGCCUCGUGCUGUGCGUGGUCUCCGUCUUCGCUCCCGGGAGCCCCUUCGACCUCAGCGUCUCGCCCUUCCAGGACAUCUACACGCACCUGAUCGGAGAGAAGAUGCUGCCCGAGGCCGAGCACGUCCUCGCCGGGCUGAACGCCACCACCGCCGCGCCGGCUGAAGAGGUGCCGCCCCUGCAGUCCUACAUGUCUGUUAGUCUGCUGUUUGCUGGCGUAAUUGCUGCUAGAGUUGGCCUGUGGUCCUUUGACCUGACAGUCACCCAGCUCAUCCAGGAGAAUGUGAUCGAGUCGGAGCGAGGUGUGAUCAACGGCGUCCAGAACUCCAUGAAUUACCUCUUGGACCUGCUGCACUUCAUCAUGGUGAUUCUGGCCCCGAACCCCGAGGCCUUCGGCCUGCUGGUCAUCAUCUCCGUGUCUUUCGUGGCCAUGGGCCACAUGAUGUACUUUGGAUUCGCCUUCAAGAGCCUGGGCAGUCGCCUCUUCCUGUGCUGCUCGCAGGAGCAGAAGGUGGAGACGGUAGACGCCCUCUCACUUCCCACCACCGUCUAAACCCCAUCCAAGAGAAUCCGUCCCCGGUACAUAGUUCUCAAGCCAUACCCGACCCCUGCAUCUUACUAACAUCUUUGCUUGUAGCUGGCAGAAUGCUACUGCUAACGUAAACCACGAAAGGGCAAGCUAACAUGCUAUGCAUACUGCAGCCGUGAAUACAGCAUUAAUCACUAGUAGAAAGCUUAGCGCGGUGGACAACUAAUCCACAGUGAAACUGUAGACCAGGCCGGCUCUUCUGACUUUUUUUUUUCUCUGAAGUCUGGGAUGAUAUCUGUUUAGACACAACACGCGUACUGUCAAACAGUGAUCCAUCCCUUUCGAGGCUUCUGACCCCCACGUGGGUCCUGUUAACAAACUCAGGGAAUAAGGCGCCGUCAAAAGACUCCCCCCUCCUAAACACACCAUCUUGCUGUAGAGUUUAAAGCUUUCGGUAGUGGUGCUUCAGCUCAACUAAAGGGGAAUGAGGGAGAAGUCCUGCAGGGACGAGACACAGACGCUCAGAGUAACGCUGACUGUCCCAGGACCCCAAGGACAGGAUGAGCCAUGUCCUGACGCUCGCCUGUCAGCGACGUCAUUGGUGCUGUAGUUGUGUCCAGCAGCUGACCAUGAGCUGGUUGUGGAUGUCUUCUUCCAGGUCGGGGGGGCGCAUUUAUUUAACCAAACACAAAACUGGGUCUAGUUUCUCUAAUACAUAGUUAUAUGGAUUAUUCAGUUAACUGUGUGUAUUCAGGAAAUGAGAAAUCCUAUGCAGCCUUUUCAAUAUCUCUCAGUUACCAAAGUCCAUAUGUGGCAUAAAGGAAGUAAGGGGAAACCAGAUAUCCGUCAGCAUUCCAAAUAUAUAUUUUUCAUAUACAGUACAGUUUACAAUAGUAUACCUGGAUAUGUCUUACCCACUCUGCGAUUGUACUUCAAUUAGUUUACGUCAUUGUGUAAUUUUGUUUGAUUUUGAUUUUAUGUUUUUAUUUUUUUUUCCUUCUCUUUCACAAUCAUUAUUGUUACACUGGCACUUUAAGUGAUUGACGUCGGUCUUACACCUCACACGUGAUCAGGCAUUUGAUCAAUACUUUUGCACAAGCAAGUCCUGGCUCUCCCACUAAUCCCUACGCAAUCCUUUGUUUUUUCAAUCACUUAUUGUCAGUCUGUUCGGACACUUUGUUGGGAUCGUGCUUAAAAAAGGCUCGAGGAAAAACACGCGAGGAAAAAGUGAACCAGCCCGGCCGGCUCUCGACCGCCAACGGCGUCUGGACCUCAGUUCUAGUUGUUAUUGCCUCAAAGGAGGUGGACACAUUUUACUGAAGCCUUUGGCUUUACGUUUGUAGAACAUGUGUAUCAGUAGCAUCUCAAAGAAGGUUGUGGCUUUUUUUCCCCUGUGAAUUAAUUUCGUAAGUUGAAGUGUUUCCAGAGACAGGUGGUGUAGAAAUCUGGGACAUUUGCAAAGUAGCUUUAAUUAAAAGUGAUGGGGAACAUUCUGACAUUAGCUAGUAAGUAACUUUUUCAUCCAAAACUACUUAAGUAACUGACGUAGCUGUAACUAGUCCCUCUCUGCCGCUGGCCUUCUUUACGUUUCUGUCGCCUUUAUUGUGAAUCAGCCUCGACAGCUGUUAAACGCACACGUGCGGAUACAUCAGGUUGGUUAUAAGCGGCGCCCUGCCCAUCAAAAGUCUAGCCAUGGUUUUGGUGAGGCCGGGGCGGGCGGUGGUGUUUGGUUUGGAAACGGAGGAAGCCACACCAGAUGGAGGAGAACAGAAGGCCACUUUUCAGCUGCACAUGCUGAGUCAGGAUAUCUGCAGGUGUGGCGUGAGGUGCCGACCCGCCGGCAGUGGAGCUCAGUUUCCAUGUUCCAGCCGGGAUUAGUGCAACCUCAAGCUCAGCCCGGGCACGGGAACAAAACCAGCUCUUACGGUGCUCGGUCUGCUGGUUCAGGAAAACCUUACAUUGCCAUAACUCUAUAUUUGUAAUGUAAAUAACAGCGGUCAGGCAGGUUAAAUGCAAAAUUAGAAAAUGCAAAAAUAGAAAAAAUAUAUAGACAUUUUGUGUGUGUUGUUUUCGUGCUGUUGGUCUGGAAAUGCUGACCAUUUUUAACUUUUCUACAUGUUUUUAUACACAUAAGGUUAAGAUUGUGUUAAAUUGCCAUAUCUUUUUAAAGAUUUUGGAAGUUUGUAUAUAAAGCAAUUACUUCAUUUAAUGUCUGUAUCAUACUGCUUUAAUCUAUUUCUCUGUGUGUGUGUGUGUAUAUAUAUAUAAAGUUAUUGGUGUCAUUGUAAUUCAAUUGACAAAAGCAUUAAAUCAUAAAAGAAAUUAUUUACCUUCAAUGAUUGCACUCCACUGAAACAGUACUCCUUGUAUUGCAUGAUGUCUUUUAAAUAAAGAAAACAUUUAUAAUGGCCUUCCUCUAUAACGCA